AUGGCUCGGAAAAUCCUAUGCGUGGCCGAGAAGCCUGCCAUUGCGCGUGCAGUGGCCACUCACUUGUCGGGAGGUGCUUUUCAAACGCACUCGAUUCGUGGGAAUCAAUAUGUGAAGAACUAUGAAUUCGAGUUUAAUUUUGGUGGUGCUUGGGGCACUUGCUCGGUCACCAUGACCAGCGUAGUGGGCCAUCUCACGGGCUUGGACUUUGACCGCCAAUACAAAGGAUGGAUGUCUUGUCCCCCAGGGUCACUCUUCGAGGCCCCUGUGCAAGAGACAGUUGACAAGGAUAAACUACCAAUUGCUGAGAACAUUCGGAGCCAAGCCAAGUACUCCAAAGCCCUGUUCAUCUGGACCGAUUGUGAUCGUGAAGGUGAGCAUAUUGGUUCCGAGGUCCGCAAUCAAGCAAAAGCAGGAAAUUCUCGCAUCGAGGUCAAGCGCGCCAAGUUCAGUAACACGGAAAGAGCACAUGUUCGUCAGGCUGCUCUAGAGCCAGUCGAUCUUGACGAGUAUCAGGCCAAUGCAGUAGCAGCUAGAAUCGAGUUAGAUCUUCGGAUUGGUGCGGCAUUUACUCGCCUUCAGACCUUACAGCUGCAAACAGUGGUUGCAGCAUUGAAGGACAAGGUCAUCAGCUAUGGAUCUUGUCAAUUUCCUACUUUGGGAUUUGUUGUCGACCGAUACUUGAGAGUUCAAAAUUUCAAACCAGAAACAUUUUGGGGCAUCAAAGUCAUACUCAGCCGUGAAGGCAAGAAAGUCAAUUUUCUUUGGAGGCGGGUACAUCUAUUUGACCGAGCGGUUGUGACUAUGAUGUUAGAGCGAUGUUUGGCCGCAAAACAAGCCAAAGUCACGAAAGUGAACCAGAAGCCUACAAGCAAAUGGCGACCGUUGCCGUUGACCACGGUAGACCUACAGAUGAUGGGCAGUCGAUUCUUGCGUUUGGACAGCCAGACUAUCAUGAAGGUAGCAGAAGCACUUUAUACCAAGGGAUAUAUCAGUUAUCCCAGAACCGAGACUGAUCAAUUCGACAAAGCAAUUGACCUGAAAAAAUUGGUCGAGAAACAAUAUCCCGACAGCGCAUGGGGUCAAUAUGCCCGAGAGCUCAUUGAUGGGAAAUUCAGGACACCUCGUUCUGGCCGUCACAAUGAUAAAGCCCAUCCGCCCAUCCAUCCAGUCAGCUGGGUAUCACCCAAUCAAUUAAAUGUCAACGAGAAGAAAGUCUACGAAUUUGUAGUCCGCCGAUUCCUCGCCUGCUGCUCUGAUGACGCAAAGGGCCAGAGUACAGAGAUCGAAAUCGAAUAUGGCGACGAAUCCUUCCAUGCUAAUGGUCUUGUGGUGUUGGAGAGGAAUUAUUUGGAUGUAUACGUCUACGACAAAUGGGAGAGUAGCCAGCAACUUCCCAGCUUUGAACUAGGCGAGCUCUUCGAGCCCACAGAAGCCAACAUCUUUGAAGGCAAAACAACCGCUCCGAACUAUUUGACCGAGCCUGAGCUCAUUGGUCUGAUGGAUGCCAAUGGGAUUGGCACGGAUGCUACGAUGGCAGAGCAUAUUGCCAAGAUCAAAGAGCGUGAAUACGUUGCUAUAAACCAACGAGGAAGCGGUCGCAGCUCAGUACAGGAAUUUAUCCCUACCCGCUUGGGCGUUGCCCUGGUGGAGGGAUAUGACAACGUUGUUACCGGUCUCCCUAAUAGCGUGUCCCUCAGCAAGCCGUUCCUUCGCAAAGAAAUGGAGUUGCGAAUGCUUGAGAUCUGCUCGGGCACUAAAACCCGACAGGAGGUUGUCCAGCAGAGUCUGGACAUGUACCGAGAGGUCUUCAUUCACACUCAAAGACGUAUUAAUAUGCUGAAGACUGCCUGUCGCAAAUAUCUUGUUGAAGGAACCAUGCCAUGA